CCCUCCCUCUCCUCCUUCUUUGUUCUUACCUUCUCUCUAUUUCCUCGUUCUUUGCUCGUUUAAUUUCUCUGAGAUUACUUUGUUUCUCUCGGAGUAUAUAACAUUCUUGAGAAACUAUAUGUUUUCCCGCGAAUCGAAAUCGUGAAAAAUUUUGUAUCUCAAGCAGAAUCCGAGGCCGCUGGGUUUGCUCUCUAUUAAGGUUAGAGUGUUUUCUCCGGCACGACUUACUCUGAUUUUGCUCCAAUGGAGAUGCAGGACCAAAAUGAAGGAACAAAGUUGAAUAGUGCUGGCAAUGCUAGUAAUAACCAUCCCAACAACGGCACAAAAUCAGAAAAUGUUGCCCUGUUGAAGGAUCACACUCCUAACGAAAACAACCAUACUCCUAAGGUGAGGAAACCCUAUACCAUUUCCAAGCAAAGAGAAAAGUGGACAGAGGAAGAGCAUCAGAAGUUCCUAGAAGCUUUGAAAUUGUAUGGUCGUGGUUGGCGGCAAAUUGAAGAACACGUAGGUACAAAGACUGCCGUUCAGAUUCGAAGCCAUGCCCAGAAAUUCUUCUCUAAGGUUACCCGGGAAUCUGAUGGUACUGCUGAAAGUUCUAUAAAACCAAGUGAUAUACCGCCUCCUCGGCCAAAGAGGAAGCCCCUGCAUCCAUAUCCCCGGAAAUCAGUUGAUUCUAGUAAAAGCCUAUCUAUAGCAAAUGAAGCGGAAAGAUCUUCAUCCCCAAACCUGGCAGUUGCAGAGAAAGACACCCAAUCUCCGACCUCUGUGUUCUCUGCAUUUAAUUCAGAAGUAUUUGGGUCAGCAUCUUCAGAGCAGCCUAACAGAUGUCAAUCACCUAAUUCUUGUGCCACUGAGGUUCGCUCAUCCAACUCAUCACUGUCACCUGUUGAAAACUCUUUAUCUGCUGGUUUGAACAUACAUGUAUUGCCGACGAAGUCUGAGUUGAGUUCCAAGGAUACUGAAUCUUCUAUUGAAAAUGCUACCAACGUGGCCCAUGUUACAAGUAUUAAGCUGUUUGGAAGAACUGUUCAGAUGGUAGAUAAUCCGAAGUCACUUGAUGUAGUUGGGGAGAAUAUCAAGGUAGCUGCAAGCAAGUCUGAUCAAGUAGAUGAUGUUGAGAACGAAAAGCUUGGCCAAACAUGGCCAUCCAGUCAACUCGAUUCACAAUUAUCACUGGGCAUGUAUGAUAGUGCUGCAACCCUUGAAGGAGCUGAAGCAAAUUGCUCAGAAUACCGGAAAGAGAACCCAUGCUUUGUGGAACCUGCACCUGAUGAAACUUUGUCAUGGUGGAAUAUGUGCCAACACCUUCCACUCGUUUACAUUCGUCCAUGUAACCAAAUUCUAAAUCCUAAACCUAUCCGUCCCUCUUUGAAAGACAGGGUGAUAGAGAAGGAAACUUCCUGUACUGGUUCAAAUGCUGAAACUGUUUGUGAAAUGGAAAAUGGGGACAGGAACUCAGAAUCUGAUGAUUCUCAAAGCCAAUUGUCUCAUCACGAGGGAGAGAAUGUACCCUGCAGAGUGUCUUCAAGAGGGUUUGUACCAUAUAAAAGAUGUUUAGCCGAGAGAGAUCCAAGUUCAGCUUUUGUUGCAUUGGAAGGGAGGAAGGGGCAACGGGCUAGGGUAUGCCUGUAGCUUUCCAUUGCUCUUACAGAUGGUUACAUAGAGGUCCAGUUUUGGCCUGAAAAUUUGCCUCAAAAGUCUAGGAGGAACUAAUUUAGUAGGUGAUAUCUAAUUGAGAAACAUCUUAUUUACAAUUCUUUUCAUAUAUCUCCAGCUUGUCAGCAUUUACCUUGCCGUAAAAUUUAGACCUUGGCAUAUCUCAAUGUACGUAUAAAAUGCCACAUGCUUCCAGCCACCUCAGGGAAUUGUACACCUGGAUUCGUUUCUGUAUUGCAUUUUUUGGCCUACAUAAUUUCGGGUACAUGGCUGGCGACCCAUUGAUGUGUGUGUGUAUGUAGGACAUGUAUAUCCAUUUAGGCCUUGGUAAUCAAAUCCAAUAUCCGCAAUUAAUAAAAAGCUAAAUCCUUUCUCAA